AAUGAAAAUGUAUUAAUUUUAUUAACCAAACUGAAGAAUCACUAAACUACUUUUGUCAACUAAAACGAUUAUUAAAUAUUAAUAUGAUAGUAUUAAUGAUCAGUAAAUACUUAAAAAACAGACAGAUACGAUGAAACUUAAAUUAAGACAACGCAAAUAUAAAAUAUUGAGUAAACCAACACUUAUAUGGAAAAAUAUGACUGUGAUAGAGUUGGCAAUAUCAAUGAAAGAACCAGUUGAAAAAAUUAUAAAAGUACUUUCUGAAAUUGAUUACAAAAAAAAUGAGUUUGAUUCCAUUGUAAGUGAUUUUGAUAUUAUAAAAGAGGUUGUCUCUAUGUUGGGAUAUAAUUAUAAAGAUAUAUCAGAUUUAGAAGAUAUUUUAAAAUAUGAAUCACCACAUCCUGUAGUACUUAUUAAAAGACAUCCUAUUGUUACAAUAAUGGGUCAUGUUGAUCAUGGAAAAACUACAUUAUUGGAUUCUUUAAGGAUGACAUCAGUGGCAGACAAUGAAUUUGGUGGAAUUACUCAACAUAUUGGAGCAUUUAAUGUAACAUUAGGCAAUGGUGAACAAAUAACUUUUUUGGAUACUCCUGGACAUGCUGCAUUUUAUGCCAUGCGAGAAAGAGGUACUAAGGUAACAGAUAUAAUUGUUCUUGUUGUUGCUGCUGAUGAUGGUGUUAUGAAACAAACUGUUCAAAGUAUAGAAAUGGCAAACGAAGCAAAUGUUCCAAUAAUAGUUGCUAUAAAUAAAAUUGACAAGGCAAACAUUAAUAUUGAGAGAACUCAACAAAUGUUAGCUAAACAUGGAGUUAUUGUUGAAGACAUAGGUGGAAAUCACCAAAGUGUAAAUAUAUCUGCCAAAAAUGGAACAAAUUUAAAUUAUUUAUUAGAAGCAAUAUCAGUACAAGCUGAAAUAAUGGAUUUAAAAGGUGAUCCAACAGGACCUGUAGAAGCAGUAAUAAUUGAAGCGACGAAUAAUAUUGGUCUAGGAAAAAUGACAUCAUUGAUAAUUCAACGUGGUAAUCUUAAACAGGGUGAUAUAUUAGUCAGUGGUAUAACAUGGGCCAAGGUAAGAUCAAUUUUCGAUCAUACUGGUUCACAACUUUCUGAAGCUAAGCUAUCAAAUGUUGUACAAAUCACCGGUUGGCGUGAUUUACCUGUCGUUGGCAAUAACGUCUAUCAAGUAAAAAAUGAAAAAAAAGCUCAUUUAGUAAUUAAAUAUCAUCAAGUAAACCUUAAUAAAGAAAAAUCUGUAAACCAAAAGAAAGUUGCUGAUCAAAAACAUGCUGAACAUGUAAUUCAACAUAAAAAAAUUAAGGAGAUGCGUUUAUCAGGAUUUGUAUCAAAAUCUGAAAAGGUUGAAAAUCUUAAGGAUGAAUCAUUAAAAUUAUAUGUAAUAAUUAAAGGUGACGUCGUAGGGUCGGUUGAAGCAAUAUUGGAUGUAUUAGAAACUUAUAAAGAUAAGAAAUGUACAUUAUCUAUUGUUAGCUAUGGAGUUGGAUCAAUUACAGCAAGCGAUCUUGAAUUAUCAAAAACUUUUAAUGCUGUAAUAUAUUGUUUUAAUAUUAAAAUUCCAAAAACACUUUUAAGUGUGAUUGAUGAAAAUAAUAUUAUAGUUUCUGAACAUAAUGUUAUAUACAAACUUAUUGAUGAUAUAAAAACUAAAAUGUCAGAUAUGCUUCCAUUAAUACAAAAAGAAGAAACAAUUGGUGAAGGAAUAGUUUUAAAAGAAUUUGAUGUUAAUAAUAAAAAAACAAAAGCUGUAAUUGCAGGAUGUCGAUGUACAAGUGGUGUAUUUAAAAAGAGUGCAUUUUUUAAAAUAUUGAGAAAUGGUGAAGUUAUUUAUGAUGGCAAGAUAUCUGAAAUGAAACAUUUCAAAAAUGAAAUUGAAACACUCCAUUUAAAACAGGAAGGUGGGUUAAAGUUAAAUGAAAAAAUCAAUUUGAAACAUGGUGAUGUGGUUAUUUGUUAUAAAAUUGUAGAAGAACCACAAUUUAUUAAUUGGAAUCCUGGAUUUUAA